CGGCAAGAGGGUGAAAUCUUUCAAUAUACGUAUUUUAUUACCACGUACGUACAUGUAUUUCAACAUACUUUUUACAUCUCAACCGCCAUGUAAUGAGCAUUUUUCAAAUCAGUACCGUGCAAUUUGAGUUCUUGAAAGGACAGGAUAUCUGUCAAAAAUAACCCUAACUUUUUAAAAUUCAAGGAGUGAUGAGUAUGCACGUUUACAAAUAUUGGAGUUGUUCUAGAUUUCUAGGGUUUUAGGAGAAAAAGCCACGUGGAAUCAAUCAUGCCCACAUCUCUUUAGAAAACAAGCAGAUCAAGUGAUCAACCAACCUAAAGCAUGAUUACUAGUCUGAAAAAAGCAAAGCCCACUACUUCUCACUCUUCCCACUACAACCAAGGCUCCAAGUAGUGCAUAGACAAGUCUCUUUUCAAAAGCAUUCUUUUCCAAACAACUUUCCCAUAUCUUCUCUUCAUCCUUUUCCCCUUUUUUCCUGUUGUACCUCUGUUUGCUUCACAUUGUAUCUGGGUUCUGUUUGGUUUUCAAAAAAUGAGAGGUUUUGGAGAAAAUAUACCCACCCUCAAGCUCCUGGAUUUCUCUCUAAGGUUGUUUGUGAUUCCUCUGAGCGUUGCUUCCAUUUGGUUAACUGUGACCAAUCAGCAGGAUAACAGCACUUAUGGGAAGCUGGGUUUCAGCAAUCUCAAAAGCCUCAGAUACAUGGUGUGCAUCAGUGCCAUUUCUGCUGGGUAUGCUCUUGUUGCUGCUGUCUCCUCUUGGGUCAAAUGCUUAGUGACUAAAGCAUGGGUUUUCUUUGUUUCUGACCAGGUUGUGGCUUACUUACUCGUCACAUCAGGGGCAGCAGUGAUGGAGAUUCUAUACUUGGCUUAUAAAGGUGAUAGAAUAGUCACAUGGAGUGAAGCCUGCAGUUCCUAUGGAAGCUUCUGCAGUAGAUUGAUUGUAGCUUUGGUUCUCCAUGCCUUGGCCCUUUGCUGUUUCUUUGUUUUAGCUGUGAUCUCAGCUUACAGGGUUUUCAGCAUGUUUGAGCCUCCUCUUCCUUCCAAAGAGGCUGAAGAACAAACUUGAGACAUUUACUCCCUUUUUUUUUUAUCCUACUACAUGGGUUAUGGGUAUUCUUCUGUGGUGGGUAGGUGCUCUAUUGCCUCAGUCCAAUGAGAAAAAUGUCUUCUUUUUCUCUCUUUUGUCUCAUUUCUUUUUUUGACUGUCAUAAUGUGAAAAAUGUUAUGUAAUACAGUAGUUUUCUGAUUUUUGUGCAAAGAAUGUGAAUUGGUUACUUGUUGCAGCCCUAUU